AUGCCGCCCAAAGCUGGCCAUCGAGGACGCGGCCGCCCACGCAAAUCGGCGUCGAACGCUACCACCACCACCACCACCACUACUACUGAUAAACGAAGAGGCAAAGGGAGGGGACCUACAUCUGUUGCUGCUGUCGGGCGGAAAAGGAGAAAUGUUGAGGAGGAAGAGGAGGAGGAGGAGGAGGAGGAUGGAGACGAGCUUCAGGGAUUUGAAGAGGUCAAAGAGGAGGGUGAGAGCGAGGACGAGGAAGAUGAGGGAAGAGAGGCAGAAGAACCGGAAGACAGUGACAAUGAGGCAGACGAACUGUCUGAGCUGCCGUCAGCGGUAUCCAUCGCUGCAGAUAAGGGCAAGAAGGCCAACAACCGGAGGAGCGACGCAACCGCCGGCAGCGGGACGAAGGGAAGGAAGAGGCGCAGCGACGCGCGAGCGGAGGCGGAUCCGAUCGCCGACGACGAAGCCACGAGGACCGCGAAGAAACCACGCACGACGAAAACGACAAAGGCCGCGGGCGAGAAGGGAAAGGAAAAGACGCAAGCGACGACGACGGCGGCGAGCAGCAAGACCAAGUUCGCGCACCUGAAGCCGCGCACCCGCCACAUCGCACAGUCGGUCAUCACGACCAAAUGGCGGCCCGCGCCCCUCCCGGCUCAGGCGGCGGCGCGCGCGCUGUUCGUCGCGGCCAAGCGGCCGGUCGUCGAGGCGGCGGGGAGGAGGUCGACGACCACCACGUCGUCCGCCAAGGGCGGUGUCAUGGGCGACGGGUACGACAGGAGGAAGGCCGAGGCCGAGGCGACCCUGGCGAGCGUGCUGCGAAAGCUGGAGAAGCAGAUCCCGAGGAUACCUUUCCCGCCCAUGAAGGGGGCGUCAGCAGCGGAGGUUUUCGAGCUGGAAAAGGUUGUGGAGAGGAAUAGGACGCUGGAAGUGCAACUGACGCCGGCGGUGCAUGCGGUCAAGUUGUUGAAGGAGGCGGUUGAGAAGGAGGAAGAGGUAUUGGACAGGGAGAGGGAGGAGUUGGACGUGCUGGAGCACAGGGCGAGAGACGCAGAGAGGAGGGGCCGAGAGAGGGGGAAGAGGGGUCUGCAUCCUGUAUUGAAGCGGUUUAGGGCGGAGGAUGAGCUGGUUGGUGGUGGUAGAGAGGAUACUGUGGAUGAGAUAAAGAUAGUUGUUGCAGAGAGGCGGGGGCCUGAGACCGACGAAGAUGAGGCGGAGGUGGAGGACGAUGAGCAGCUUGGACCGGUAUUAGAACAGCUGCGUGGCCAUGUUGAGUCUAUGCAGACGAACUUGAAGCAGGUUGAGGGGCUGGAUGAGGCGAUGAAUGGGGCCAGAGCCGCGUUGGAUGGGGUCUUGAGGGAGAAGCUGGGCGAGGAGCGAUAUAAAAGGCUGAUGUUGUCUUCUUAG